AUGGAAGAGCUACGCAAGAGGGUGGAACGAGGAAAGGAAAAAAUUAAACAAAUAGGUAAAGAAAUUCACCAAUUUUAUUUAAAAAAGAGUGUAGAAAAAAUUCUUCUUAGAAAUGGAAAAGAAAAGAAACUCAGUGACAUGUUAUUUUUGGUACAAUACUCACUGAAAUAUAAAAACGUGUGCAAAUGGCCGAAUUAUAAUGAUCUGUUCGUAAUCAAUUAUAACAUAAAUGAUCAUUUCAAAUCAAUGCUUCAAAAAAAUGGUGGAUUUGUUCACCACUAUAAAAACGUCACACCUGAUGGAGGGACAGAUAGGACCCCCACGAUGAACCCAGGCGAGGAAACCACACUCGGGAGUAGCGAUAAAAGCGGAACAACGAAUAAAAAUGCUGAAGAAAAUGCUCCCCAGACAGAAGAGAAACAAAUAAACGCUAACUCGGAGAAUGGCGUGGCGAGCAAGACUAACAAAUCACGGAGUAGCGCAGACAGGGAACACAAAAUUUACCCCGACGGAACGCGUUUAACAAAAGGGGAACUUCCACAGAACUUCCCCUCAGAGAAGCACUCUCCGAAUAACUUCCCUUCAGAUAACUCCUUGCCAAAAUCCCCCCUUUCGAAGGAAUUCACCCCGCAGAGUGCUCCCCCUCCAGACAGCGCACGAAGAAAAAAGGAAAACAAAUUUGUGACCAACUUUAAUGACGACAUAAGUCCUUACGACAAAAUAAAGUUGCAAAUUUUUAUGUACUUUGUAUUGAACAAUUAUAGAGUUAAAAUUUUAGUUGAUGCAUUAUCUGCGUUAAAUCGCCCAAUUAACGUUAUAUACAUAAAUUGCCCUAAUAAUAAAGAGCAGAAGAAGACAUUUUUUCAAAAGGUGGUGAGCUUCUUUAUUCCCCCGUACAAAGUUGGUGAUGUUUUCGUGAAUAAUAAAAAUAAUUUUCUUCCAAAGAGCAAGGAAAAUUGCUCAUGCUCGGAAUCGUCCCCCAUUAGGUAUACUAAUAAUACAAUCACUGCUCCUUCCAAGGAAAGUAAAUCAAAUUACGUAGGUGGUUACAACCCUAUAAACAACACCAUUUGGCUUUGUUCAAAUAAUAUUAACAAUUAUUAUAAGCUCAAAUAUAUACUAACGCAUGAACUUAUACAUGCCUUUGAUUUUGCAAGGGCGAAUAUAGACAUGUACAAUUGCCACCACAUUGCUUGUUCCGAAAUAAGAGCCUAUAAUAUGAGCAAUCAGUGCAGCUAUUUUAACAGCAAAUAUUUUUCGCCCGACCAUGAUGUGUUUACUAAUUUUAAAAGCUCCUCAAUUAGGGCUACUCCGAAAAAUAAAUGCAUAUAUAAUAAUGUGUAUUCAUCUCUGAACGAGUACAAGCCUUGCACCAAGAACACCCAUCAGUUUAUAAAUCACGUCUUCGAGAAAUGUUUGCACGAUUACUGGCCCUUCAUGUGCUCGCCCGAACAGGACAGCAAGUAUAAGCCCUCCAAGAUUUUUAAGAAGGAUUCCUAA